AUGGUUAAAUCUAGAUGGGAAGAAGAGGAAGAGGAAAGUAAUGAUGGUCAUAGAUCGCGUUAUGUAAAGACUACAACAAGCAACUCUACCGCUGCUGGUGCAACCACACCACCACAGCCAUCAACAAGCAACGCAGCAUCGGAAGAGGUUGAUGCCGUAGAUGACAUGGGCAGACCAUUGCGUCCUGGACGUGAGGAGAGUUCAGACUCUGACUCUGACAGAGACUAUAAAUACAGAGGCAGAGGACGUGGAUCGUCUCGACGUGACUAUGACAGAUACUCACCCGACAGAAAUAGAAAGCGAGAACACUCUCCACAAGGCGACAAGAGACGCGGCGAAAGAAGCCCUUCGCCUUCGUACAGAGACAAUAGACGCACACGUCGUGAAGAUUCAUCAUGGACAGAGAAUGGAGGUGGUGUUGGCGGUGGUGGUGGUGGUGGCGGUAUCUACAGAGACCCACGAUCGAUCAGAUCGACAAAUGGUGGUAGUUCCCAUGACCGUCCAUUAGAUACGGACGUCCGUAUGGGCGGCGCCGGCUCAUCACCAUCCUCGAUCAUACCGUCUGGAAUGGGACGAGGCAGAGGUCGUGGUGGCGAUCUCUUUGACGGUGCUUGUAAAACCUACAAGCAAUUCCUCGACUAUCAAGACGAUUCGAUAACACCUACCGACGCGGAAAAGAGAUACGAUGAAUAUCGAACAGAGUUUUUAAAGAAACAAUCUCGUGUCUUUUUCAAGGAUCAUCAAACAGAGGAAUGGUUUAGAGAGAAAUAUGAUCCAUCUUUCCUCAUCAAAAAACAUAAAGAAAAAAUAGAAUUUGCCAAAAAUAGAGUACAACCAUUUAUUAAUUUAUUAAAAGAUGAAUCACAUAAUUUUUCAUUGACAGCCAAAGAUAGUUUAAAAGAUAUAGCAAUUCAUGAUGGAUCUGAACAUUUUGAUUCAUUGGAUGCUGAUGAACACCACGCAACAGAUGACGAAAAGGAACAAGAAGACAAGACAAAAGAACAACAAAAUAACAAACAACUAUCAACCUUGUUUAUCAAGGCUAUUUCACCAACUUGUACAAAAGAUGAUUUAAUGGAAGUAUUCAAUAAGGUGGUCGUUGGCAAUGAAGAGGAAUUACCAGUCGUUACAAAAUUGACUCUGAGUGAACCAAUGAAAUACAAAAAUUUCUAUCGUUUAGGGUGGGUCACCUUUAAAUCAAGUGAAUAUUCAUUAAAAGCAUUAAAAGAAUUAAAUGGAACAAAGAUGAGAGAUUUUGAUUUGUAUUUGGCAAUCAAUAAACAAAUUCCAUCUGAUACACAGAAAAAAUUUAGAAUCACACCAAAGAUUGCAUCAACAGAACAAAGAAUUACUUCAGAUCUUUCACAAGCCAUUGAUGUUUGUAAAUUAUUAGAUCAAGAUAGAGAAAUUACUGAAAAUCCAUUGUUUAAUGAUUCAAACUUUGAUUCACUAUCUGAAUCUGAUAAAUUAGAUAAAGUUAUUCACUAUUUAAGAUUUGUUCAUUUGUUUUGUUAUUAUUGUUCUGAAGAGUAUGCCGAUGUAGAUGAAAUUGAAAGAAAGUGUGGAUCAGUACAUUAUAGAAGACCAUGGACCGACGAUUCAAUCACGAGUAGCACAACUACCUCGUCAAGCAAAGCGGAAGAAAAAUCAAAUGAACCACAAGCAAAAUCUGAUUCCUCAGAGGAGGAAUCAAAUGAAACCAAAGAAAAGUUGGAAUCUGGUGAUCAAGACACUGAAACAAAGAUGGAAGAUGAUUCAAUCACCACCACAUCUACCACUACUGACAACAACAACAACAAUAAUAAUAAUAAUAUUCAAAUGGAAAUUGAAAAGCCUACAGAUUCUGAUAAUCAAUGGGUAAUUAAUUUAGAUAAUAAUAUAAAAUCAAAAAUUGCAAAAAUCAAUAAUCAAGAACAAUAUACAGGUAGAAAUGCAAUUGAAAAGGCAGCAGAGGAAUUUAUUCAAAUCAAUACAUUCAAGAUUGAAGAGGCUAAAUUUAGAUGUUCAUUGUGUGCCAAGUUGUUCAAGGGAUCAGAAUAUGUCAACAAACACAUCCACCUCAAACAUCCUGAAGAACUCAAAAAAGAUUCAGAGGACAAGGGCACAGAAGAACAAUUCUUUUUAAAUUAUUUCUCUGAUCCACGAAAAAUGACACCACCAACAGCAAACCAACAGAUGCUCUAUGGAUUCCAAAACAACAGAAUGGUUGGCGCCCCACGCGGCCGUUGGAACCCUACCUUGGGUGUUUGGGAACCCAUCGUUGGCAUGCCACAGAUGAUCCCAACCCUUGUUCAGCCCGGACAACCUAUGGGCAUGUAUGGCGGCGUGUCGCCAGUGUUUGCUAGUCCAUCGGUCCAUGGCCGCGGACGAGCCAUCCCACUACCCAUUCCACUUCCAAUCAGACGUGGAAACUUUGUACCAACACCAGGCGCCCCACAAAUGCCUCCACAUCUCAUGGGCAACGCCCAAGUCACCACCCCACAAGGCAUCAGAUAUCGUCCAUACCCGGCACUUGGACAACCCCGUGGCACUCCCAACAUGCCUCCACAAGACCCACGUGGCAUCAGAGAAUAUGUUGAUCUCGAUCUUCCCUCUGAUACCAUGCCAGAUAUUGAUUAUCGUUCUGCGCUUAAAGAUUAUCAAAGUAAAAGAACUACUCAAAGUUAA